AUGAUCGUUAACUCUGACGACGACAACAUGUCGAAGCAAGCAUUGCUUGAAGAUGUACCCCAGGAGAACCCUCCUUCAUACGAUUAUGCUACGGACGCAGGAAGUCCCCGUCCGAAGGACAGCAUACCCCACAAGGGUCCAGACAAUCAGCCGCUGAUAGUGCCGAACAUUGCUGGGCCAUCGUACACCUCCCAACCACUGCAGACGGCACCUCCGACAGUGUACAACUAUAUCAACCCUGUUACUGGGGAGAGGGUGGUGUCCCUGCUCCCACCAGGUCACCCCGAGAUGAUAUGCUUGCAGGCUGGAGCGCAUAUACCCCACACCCAGUACGGUUUGUUGGGUAUUCUUGCUGCGGUGUUUUGGUUCCCUCUGGGUAUCGGCCUUUGUCUCCUCGAUAAACGAGUGAGGUGCAAACGUUGCGGCCUGCUUAUCGAGGAAGGCUUGUGCAGUUAA